AUGGCGACUACUGUCCUUCCGGUGCCGAGCGUCGACCAUGCUUUCGAGAAAAUUGAGCCGCUCGUAACCGCUCUGGCGACUCCCGCUCGCUUCGAUGCCGCAGAGCACCUGUGCUUCGAGCCACCCAAGAGCGUUAUUACCCUCAAGGAGUUGCUGUUGUCGGAAAGUAAUGCCAUUUCACCAGUUGCCAUUACCGAGCCAUUCCCGCUGUUCACACUCGAGGGCGUCAAGCAGAUUCGGGCCGACCUCUUUCGCAAAGAAAUCGUGAACAAACAUGGCGACCGAACCAAAAGAAACUGCUACAAGAUGCGCGGGUACUCCAAAGACACGCCUUUCGUCGAUGCUGCCUGGCGCAGCCCCGAGGUCCUCAAGGCCUGCUCCACCGCCGCCGGGGUCGACCUGGAGGUAGUCUUCGACUACGAGAUCGCGCACAUCAAUGUACAGGUGGAUGCGCUUGAAGAUGGAAUGUCCUUGGAUCAGGCCCUGCCGCCGGCGAUGCCUCCCCGCCAGGCAUUGUCCACUCCACCCGCUGCGGUUGACCAGUCCGAAGAGCUUGCCUCGGUUGGGCGAUGGCACACCGACUCAUACCCGUGGGUCUGUGUGUGCAUGCUUUCAGAUCCGUCCAACAUGGUGGGAGGCGAGACCGGGCUGCGGAAGGGUGACGGCACGAUCGCCAAGAUCCGAGGACCACAGGUUGGCUGGGCUGUGAUGAUGCAAGGAGGGUGCAUUGAACAUAUCGCCUUGCGCGCUGUCGGCACCGGUGAGCGUGUGACCAUGGUGACUUCCUUCCGGCCUCGGGAUCCCAGUCUGAAGGAUGUCAGCAACCUGGGAAACGUCAAGAAAAGCAGCCAUUGGGAUCAACUCUUCAAACAAUGGUCGACCUACCGACUUGAGGUGCUCGAAAAGCGAUCCAAAUUGCUUAGGGAGCGGAUUACCAAUGGCGGACUUUCAGGAGCCGAGAUUGCAAAGCUGAUGGCUGAGUGGAACGAGGAGCAGUUCGCGUACAUGAAGCAUACCGCCGUGGAAAUGGUUGGCCCUGGGAAUGAAGGAUCUCAAGACUAG